AUGGCUGCCAACUUGUCUCUCGUGCUGGCCCUGGUAGGGUUUGCACUCGCCUUGUACGCGAUUUCGCGCAUUGGCCGCCGACCAAAGGACUAUCCGCCAGGCCCUCCUACCGUCCCUGUACUUGGAAAUCUUCUUCAGGUGCAUUCGCAUUCACAGCAACUCCUACGUGCCGUGGUUAUUCGUUUUGACUUCGAAAAAUGGUCCAAGAUCUAUGGACCCAUCUACAGCCUCAUUAUCGGGUCUGGAAAGGUCAUGAUCAUUCUUUCCAGCAACAGAGAGGUCAAGGAACUCCUGGACAAGCGUGCGCAGGCGACCAACGACCGGAGCGACCGCUACAUUGGCCACCAAAUCCUGAGUAAUGGGGAGCGAAUUCUGCUACAGCCCUAUGGCAAAGUAUGGCAGAAGCAGAGGAAGAUGUACCACAAGUUGUUGAGCAUAAGCCUCACGCAAUCAUACUUACCGCAAAAUGGAAAUGUCACACAAGAGGCCGCUAACUCAGAGGGCUACGCGGCAAGGUAUACCAACUCUACGACCAUGAUGAUGACAUAUGGGAGGCGAACCCCCCAGUACGACGAUGCGGAAAUGAGAGAAUAUCUCGAGAUUCCAAGUACGCACAGCCUUGAAAAGACCACCGGCAUAAUCCAGUCUACUGCCGCAAAUGUUCCUGAUGCCUAUCCUAUUUUUCGCAAGCUCCCUCGGUGGCUGUUACCCGGUGUCAAGAUGGCCGUGGAGCACACAAAGAGGGAAGAAGCAUUCUACCUCCGACUGUGGAACGAGGUCAAGUUGAAGCUGGAUGAGGGGACCCAGAAACCGUGCUUCACGGUGCAGAUGUUGCGGGAGCAGGAGAAGGAGGGAUUCGACGACCGAUUUGGCGCGUACAUCUCAGGUGGUUCGCUGGAAGCAGGCACCGACACGACCUCCAAUACCAUCUUGGCCUUUAUCCAAGCGAUGCUGCUCUUCCCUGAUGUCCAGGAGAAGGCUCACGCCGAGAUAGAUCGUGUCCUGGGAGACCGUCUGCCGUCCAUGUCCGACUGGGCGAACCUGCCGUACGUCAGGGGAUGUGUGAAGGAGACGCUCCGGUGGUCGCCUACCACGACGCUCAUCGUCCCGCACGCGACGUUUUCUGAUGAAAUAUACAACGGGUAUCGGAUUCCGCGGGCCGCAGAAAUCGUCGUCAACGCCUGGGCCGUCAACAACAAUCCGAACAUCUACGACGACCCUCGACGCUUCGAUCCCGCACGAUUCAUCAACGACGCUCAGUCGUCCUUCGAGGCCUCCCAGAACCCCGACGUGACCAAACGUGACCAUUUCACCUUUGGCGCGGGACGGCGCAUCUGCGCGGGCAUUCAUCUCGCCGACGUCACCACUUUCCUUGCCGUUUCGCGACUCCUGUGGGGGUUUGACAUCACUCCUGCGCCUGGGCAGACGUCCCUGCCGGACCCGUUGCUGAGGACCGCAGGCCUGGUGUCGAUGCCGCUGCCGUUCCCCGCGAGGUUUGAACCGAGAUCGCCUGCCAAGGCAGACAAGAUCAAGCAGAUGUGGAACGAGGCAAGACAGCUCCUGGAUAGCGAGAUGCAAUGGCGGGAGAUUCCCGAGACGUUGAAGUUUCACCUGUGA